AUACACACUCUUCUGAGUUCUCUCUUCUCUCACACCCAAUUCUCAUUUUUCUACCAUCUUCUCUCACUACUACUAACUCAUCACUCAAACCCCAUCGAACACCAAAACUAUUUCAGAAGAGAAAGCAAUUAUGGCGGACAGCAGCUACGAGGAGACUGAGCUCAGGCUGGGGAUGCCAGGCGGACUCCACAAAAUCGCCGGUGCUGGUAACUCUUACGGCGCCAAACGAGGGUUUGAAGAAACUCUGGAUUUCAAGCUUAAUUUUGCUUCCAACGGAGAAAACAUUAAUGAUUCUGUCAAGCCUCCUGCCAAGGCACAGGUGGUCGGGUGGCCGCCGGUUCGGUCAUUCCGGAAAAAUAUCAUGGCGGUGAAGAAAAGCGGAGAUUCGGAGGACAAUGAGAAGGGGAGUGGAGGUGGCGGCGCCUUUGUGAAGGUGAGCAUGGACGGUGCGCCGUAUCUCCGGAAAAUUGAUUUGAAGAUGUAUAAGACGUACCAGGAACUGUCGGAUGCCUUGGGGAAAAUGUUCAGUUCCUUUACAAUGGGUAAAUGUGAUACGCAAGGCAUGAUGGAUUUCAUGAACGAGAGCAAGCUGAUGGAUCUGUUGAAUAGUUCUGAGUAUGUUCCAACUUAUGAAGAUAAGGAUGGGGACUGGAUGCUGGUCGGCGAUGUUCCCUGGCAGAUGUUUGUUGAAUCAUGCAAGCGCCUACGCGUAAUGAAAGGAACAGAGGCGAAGGGACUCGCACCUAGAGCCAUGGAGAAAUGCAAGAGCAGAAGCUAGAUGUGUGGAGAAAAUAUAACCACAACCUGCCCUUCUGAUCUUUGCCGGCGUCGUCCUAGGAAGAAAAGAACAUACAAUGAUAGAUCGAGCAAGGAUAUUGGAUUCUGUCUAUACUAGUUUCUUAAAAAAUAUUAUAUAGUUGUUUUGUUGUAAUAUCAAAUUUAAUGAUAAGAAUUUCAAGAAUUCAAUCUUAAAUUGUCAUAGUCAAA